CAGUUGAUCAGUACCUUCAAACUUGGAAGCCUACUUUGGGGUAUUAUCAAAAGAAAUCUACUUGGAAUUGCUCGCCAAAUCGCUGUCACCCCUGUCUUCUCCUAUUAUUCAGCCUACCAUGGGAGAAGAAGACCUUCCAACCGCCACGCCCACAACCCCAACAACCGCCACCACAACCCCCAAGAAACUCACCCUCAUUCCCUUAAUAUUCCUCAUCUACUUCGAAGUCGCCGGCGGACCCUACGGCGAAGAGCCAGCGGUUCAAGCAGCAGGACCCCUUUUAGCCAUUCUCGGCUUCCUCAUAUUCCCUUUCAUCUGGAGCAUCCCUGAAGCUCUCAUAACCGCCGAGUUAACCACCGCACUUCCUGGCAAUGGCGGUUUCGUCUUGUGGGCUGAACGCGCGUUUGGACCCUUCUGGGGUUCCCUCAUGGGCACAUGGAAGUUUCUCAGUGGUGUCAUCAAUAUUGCAUCGUUCCCUCUUCUCUGCAUUGAUUAUGUCAAGAAAAUCUUCCCUGUUUUGGACUCUGGUUGGCCUCGUUACGUUGCUGUUGUAGGUUCAACUCUAGCACUUUCUUUUCUUAACUACACUGGUUUGUCUAUUGUUGGUUAUGUUGCUGUGGUUUUAGCCAUUGUUUCUCUUUCACCUUUCAUAUUAAUGUCUCUUAUUGCAAUCCCCAAGAUUCGUCCUCAUAGGUGGCUUAGUUUGGGGCAAAAGGGUGUUAAGAAAGAUUGGAACCUGUUCUUCAACACCCUUUUUUGGAACUUGAAUUUCUGGGAUAAUGUUAGUACUUUAGCUGGGGAAGUUGAUAAACCCCAGAAGACUUUUCCCAUGGCACUGUUAGUUGCAGUGAUUUUCACUUGUGUGUCUUAUUUGAUUCCUCUAUUUGCUGUUACUGGAGCUGUUUUAGUAGACCAGAGUGAGUGGGAAACUGGGUUUCAUGCUCAGGCUGCAGAAAUCAUUGCUGGGAAGUGGCUGAAAGUUUGGCUUGAGAUUGGUGCAGCACUGUCUGCAAUUGGGCUUUUUGAAGCACAAUUAAGCAGCAGUGCUUACCAGGUUUUGGGCAUGGCAGAGAUAGGGAUUUUACCUAAAUUUUGCGGAGUUCGGUCUAAGUGGUUCAAUACACCUUGGUUGGGCAUUUUGGUAUCUACUUUGAUAUCAAUUGGUGUUUCUUUCAUGGACUUCACAGACAUUAUAUCCUCUGCAAAUUUUUUGUACAGUUUGGGCAUGCUUUUGGAAUUUGCUGCAUUUCUUUGGUUGCGAUGGAAGUCACCAACGAUAAAGCGGCCUUACCGGAUUCCGGGGAGCUGGCCAUUGCUUGUAGUGAUGUGCUUAGUACCAUCUGGUUUUCUGAUAUACAUAAUGGUUAUAGCUACUAAGACUGUUUAUUUGGUCAGUGGUGUUAUGACGGUAGGCGGUAUAGGUUUCUUCUUCUUUAUAAAACUCUGCAAGAUAAGGAAAUGGGCAAAGUUUAGCAUUAGUGGCGCUGAAGAAAAUGGCGUUGAAAGUGUUGCUUUAUCUUGACAACGUGAAACUGUACUCAAAAGUUGUAAUGUUUCGGAUCAAUUUAAGAUUGUAAUGAAGUUCAACUGUUUUCUUCC